AUGACGUCACGAGCACUGACAGCGUGGGGCGCUGGCGGCCGUGUCUGCGGCUAUGGUGGUGAGGAGCCCGGUCAGAGUCUGAGAGCCAAAGUUAAGGUGCAGCAUGUCUAGACUUGGCGCCUUGGGCGGCACCCGCACGGGUCUGGGGCUGUUGCUGGGCACGGCCGCGGGCCUCGGAGUCCUGUGCACCCUCUACAUCCAGCGGUGGAAACGCACGCAGCGCCGGAGCCUGUCCAGCUCCCGGGACUACAGGCGGCCUUCAGAGCCCGCACGCCAAGUGAUGCCGUUGCGGGCAGCCGCAGGUGAGGCUGGAGAUGCUGCGGUGCUGCCCAGCCUUCCACGAGAAGGGCAAGAGGAGGUGCUGGACCGCCUGGACUAUGUGCUGACCAGUCUCGUGGCACUGCAGCGGGAGGUGGAGGAGCUGAGGAGCCGGCUGCAGGGGCUUGCUGGAGAGAUUGUUGGGGAGGUCCGAUCCCACCUGGAGGAGCACCAGCGAGUGGCUCGGAGGCGAAGGUUCCCGUUUGGCCGGGAGAGGAGCGACUCCACUGGCUCCAGCUCUAUCUACUUCACAGCCACUUCCGGAACCACGCUCACCGAUGCUGAGAGCGAAGGGGGGUACACAACAGCCAAUGCGGAGUCUGACGACGAUCAGGACUCUGACAGGGAGCGUGAGGCCGGGGACGAUGAUGUGAGCUGUGAUCCCAUUAAGAUGGGAAGAAAGGACUCUCUCGACUUGGUCCGCGCCCUGGGCCCUGAGCCCAGUGCCCCUGAGCUUGGAGGCGACUCUGGCCAAGAUGUGCUGCCCCUCCUGCAGCAGGUGGACGCGCUGCACCAGGGCAGUGACCAGGACAAGCGGGAGGGCUUCCAGCUGCUGCUCAACAACAAGCUGGCGUAUGGAGGCCGGCAGGACUUUCUGUGGCGCCUGGCUCGAGCCUACAGUGACAUGUGUGAGCUCACUGAGGAGGUGACUGAGAAGAAGUCCUAUGCUCUAAAUGGAAAAGAAGAAGCAGAGGCUGCUCUGGAGAAGGGGGCCGAGAGUGCCGAAUGUCACCAGUGGUUUGCAGUGCUUUGUGGUCAGCUGGCUGAGCAUGAGGGCAUCCAGAGGCGCAUCCAGAGUGGCUUUAGCUUCAAGGAGCAUGUGGACAAAGCCAUUGCUCUCCAGCCAGGAAACCCCAUGGCUCACCUGCUUCUGGGCAGGUGGUGCUACCAGGUCUCUCACCUGAGCUGGCUAGAAAAAAAAACUGCUAAUGCCUUGUUUGAAAGUCCUCUCAGCGCCUCUGUGCAGGACGCCCUGCAGAGCUUCCUGAAGGUUGAAGAAUUACAGCCAGGAUUUUCCAAAGCAGGAAGAGUUUAUAUUUGUAAGUGCUACAGAGAACUAGGAAAAAGCUCUGAAGCGAGGCGGUGGAUGAAGAUGGCAUUGGAGCUGCCCAAUAUCACCAAUGAAGAUUCCGUUUUGCAGAAGGACCUGGAAGAAUUGGAAGUAAUUUUAGGGGAAUAAUCACAUUCCUUAAUCUUUAUAACUUGAAGGACACCACGGUUUACUUGAGGGGAAAAUCAAGAUGUUUUCUUUUGGUUUCUGGUCAGGCCUGCUUAUGCCAGGAAACUGAGCAAGACUGGUUUGGGGAGUGUCCUGGCUCACAGUCUGACUGAUACCUGCUACCAAUCUCCAAUUUCUUCCCUGUUAUCCUAUUAAUUUAUUUUAAUCCUUUAACUAAUCUGAAAUUGGGGAAGUGGCUGAGGUCUGUUUCUCUUCUCCCCCUUAAGUGAAUUCUUGAACAAUCAAGGCUAGCAUAGCACCUGCCAUAGGGUAGAGUGUGGGUGGAGCUGGAGGCUAGCUCGAGCUGAGAGGAUGAGCCAGUAACACACCACCUUUCAACUGCUGGUGAGGGAGCCACGGGAACAAAGCACAGAACAUAAUUAACUAAUCCUUUUCACUGACAAACAUUCACUAUCAGUUCAUCUAGUUCUAAAGUCACAGCCUACCUACCAGAGUGAAAGAAAGGGUCUGGGCAACCCAGACAUUGCCCUCUCUCCGACCGAUCGUGUGGAUGUUCAGCUGUAUUCCUGGGCCAGGGCCUGGGCCAUGUGGUUUCUAACGUCCUGGCAGUUUUUAGAGUGACAGCAGUAGCAAGGCUUUAUGAUACUGUGGAACAGUGGUCCAAAGAGUUGCCCAAAAUGUCUUAUGGUACAUACUUGAAAUAAAAACCAAAUCUGAUUAGAAA